UUUCGUAGUUAAUUUUUCAGGUUGGGUUAGAUUCUAUAGCAUUUUUUUUCAUUAUAGAAUAUCAUCAUUAUGUCUAAAGAUCUUGACCAAUUAGCCAUCAGUACUAUCCGUUUAUUAUCUGUUGACCAAGUUGACGCUGCUCAAUCUGGUCAUCCAGGUGCACCAUUAGGAUUGGCUCCAGCUGCUCAUGCAGUUUGGAAGAGAAUGCGUUUUAAUCCAAAAAAUACUGAUUGGAUUAAUAGAGACCGUUUCAUCUUAUCUAAUGGUCAUGGUUGUGCCUUGUUAUAUUCGUUAUUGUUCUUGUACGGAUAUGACUUGUCCAUUCAGGAUUUGAAACAAUUUAGACAGUUGGGUUCAAAGACUCCUGGUCACCCAGAAGCCCAUGAUGUUCCAGGGGUUGAAGUUACCACUGGUCCUUUGGGUCAAGGUAUUUCUAAUGCUGUUGGUUUGGCUAUUGCUCAAAAACAAUUUGCGGCAACUUAUAACAAGCCAGAUUUUACGCUUUCUGAUUCUUUUGUCUAUGCCUUCUUAGGUGAUGGUUGUUUAAUGGAAGGUAUUUCCUCUGAAGCCUCUUCCUUGGCUGGUCACUUGCAAUUGAAUAACUUGAUUGCCUUUUGGGAUGAUAACAGAAUUUCCAUUGAUGGUGAUACUAACGUUGCUUUCACCGAAGAUGUCAUUGCUCGUUAUAAAGCCUAUGGCUGGCACACGAUUGAAAUUGCCCAUGGUGAUACCGACUUGGAUGCUGUUUCUAAGGCUGUUGACGAAGCCAAGUCUAUUCCAGAUAAACCAACCUUGAUUAGAUUAACCACCACCAUUGGUUUUGGCUCUUUACAACAAGGUACUCACGGUGUUCAUGGUGCUGCUUUGAAAGCUGAUGACGUUAGACAAUUGAAGGAAAAAUUUGGUUUUAACCCAGAUGAACACUUUGCUGUUCCUAACGAAGUAAAAGAUUAUUUCCAUGAACAUGUUAAAGAAAAUCAAAAGAUCGAAGCCGAAUGGAAUAAGACUUUGGCUUCUUAUGUUGAGAAAUAUCCAAAAGAAGGUAAGGAAUUACAACGUCGUUUAAGUGGUAAGUUACCUGAUGGAUGGAAAGAUGCCUUGCCAUCGUACAAGCCUUCUGAUAAAGCUGCUGCCACUCGUAAGUUAUCUGAAACUGUUCUUUCUAACUUGUUACCAGUUUUACCAGAACUUAUUGGUGGUUCUGCUGAUUUGACCGGCUCUAAUUUAACUAAAGGUACUGACCAAGCUGAAUUCCAACCUCCUGCAAACGGUUUGGGUAAAUUUAGUGGUCGUUACAUCAGAUACGGUGUUAGAGAACAUGGUAUGGGUGCCAUCAUGAAUGGUAUUGCUGCCUUUGGUGCCAACUACAAAAACUACGGUGGUACCUUUUUAAAUUUUGUUUCCUAUGCUUCUGGUGCAGUCAGAUUAUCAGCUUUAUCCCAUUUACCCGUCACUUGGGUUGCUACCCAUGAUUCUAUUGGUUUGGGUGAAGAUGGUCCAACCCAUCAACCAAUUGAAACUUUGGCUCACUUGAGAGCCAUUCCAAACUUGUCUGUUUGGAGACCUGCUGAUGGUAACGAAGUUUCUGCUGCUUAUCAAAGUGCUAUCGAAUCAACUUCAACUCCUCAUGUCAUCGCUUUAACCAGACAAGGUGUCCCUCACUUGGAAGGAUCUUCUAUUGAAAAUGCUUCCAAAGGUGGUUACACUUUAAUUAAACAAGAUAAACCAGAUGUUAUCAUUGUUUCCUCGGGUUCCGAAGUUUCAAUUUCUCGUGAUGCUAUUGCUCAAUUAGAAAAAGCCGGUAUUAAAGCCGGUUUGGUUUCUUUACCAGACUUCCAUACUUUUGAUAAACAACCACAAUCUUACAGAUUAUCUGUCUUACCUGAUGGUGUUCCAAUCUUAUCCGUUGAAGUCUUAUCAAGAUUCGGUUGGUCUAAAUACUCUCAUGAACAAUUUGGUUUAGAUCACUUUGGUGCCUCUGGUAAAGCCCCUGAUAUCUACAAAUGGGUUGAAUUCACUCCAGAAGGUGUUGCUGACAGAGCUGCUAAGACUGUUCAAUUUUACAAAGGUAAACCAAUCUUAUCUCCUUUGAAUACUGCUUUUUAAAAUUGAUUUUAUGACAUCUAUGAAACUUUAUUUGAUAAUGAUUUUUUGAUUUUUCUUCCCCAUUUUUAAGUUCUUUUAUUCACAGUUUUAAAAUAAAUAUUAGACUGAUUUUAAA